AUGGGACGGACGGUGAAGGGAGCAGAGAGUCGGAGAGCAACUAUUGUAGUGAUCGUGAGAGUGCCGGUGAGAAUCUGCAAGUUUAGUGUUGUUGUGUGCACACAUCCCUGGGUGAAAAAGAACAAAGCAUGCGAAUGUAAACCCAGACUAAAUGGACCUAACUGCACAGAAGCAUGCAAUUGCCUGAAUAAUGGUCAGUGUACUGAAGACGGCACCUGCCUCUGUCCGACCGGAUUCCGGGGAGACCAAUGUCAGGACAAUUUCAGGACAAAGUGCCUGGGUACGGACAAGGUGAUGUACACCUGGACGGCUCUCGCCGGCUUGCCGUGUUAUUCUGGCAGCUGCCCGAAGAUAACCAGUUGGACGAAAGCCAGAGACGCAUGCAGAGAUAGGGGAUAUCAGCUGGUCGACUUUAAAACCUUCACCUUGCUCGGCUCAAAGCUUGGUGUGCGUGGCUGCGUAAAGUCAUUGCUCCACGAGAUGAUGGUGAACAGUAACAGCAGCCCGAUCACGAUAUGGACAUCAUCCGAGUACAAUCGUCGGCAUAUUAUUUACAAGCAGGACCAGAACAAAUCAGGUGGUGCAAUAUUUGGUGUUCAUGGGUUCGGCCGUCACAAUGUCAUCUGCGAAGCCCAAUGGCUCCAUGCCAACGAUUCUGUAUACGCCGCAGCAACUCCAGCACUCGGACCCAGCGUGACUGAGCAGUGCGCAGAGAACGCAUGUCAGCAGUACGGACUUCGCCUCAUAACCAAAGACUGGUUACAAGAACAUGGCCAUGUGUUAAGAGAACGCUGGCUAGAGAGAUUGGCUUUAGAUAAGUCCGACGGAUUAGGUUACCACGUCGCGCCAAUCCUGGUCAAUGGUCAGUCCCUUUACAGAACAGUAAAAUUUAGCAGACAACAUGUGACGUUUAAGAACAAAACAAGCCAUGAGGAUGCCAAGAUUCUCUGUGUCAAGUCCUGUGGGAGCGGUGUUCUUGCACCAAGCAUGAGUUGUGUAUGUAACCGCACUAUGUCCUACGGUGAAGAAUGUGAAAAGGGUGUGUAUAGAAUAUUUCUUCUGUGA